AUGCUAAAAGAUCAAUCAAAAAUUUUAGAAUACGACAAAGAGGUUAAGAGCCUCAUUGACAACGGAAUUGCUGAAAUUGUGCCCAAUAUCGAGUCUCCUAGGCCGAUUUAUUACAUGCCGCAUAAACCUGUUUAUAAAGAAAAUAAAAGCACAACGAAAGUGAGAAUCGUUUUCGAUGCGUCUUCGAGCGAAUCCGGCCAUACUUCGCUGAAUGAUCACCUUAGCGAAGGUUCUAAUCUCAUUGCCGACUUAUUCACAAUGCUACUACGUUUUAGGGCAAAUCGUAUCGCUGUGGUGGGCGAUAUAGAGAAAGCAUUCCUUCAGAUUUUACUGGAUGAAGCUGACAGAGAUACCCAUCGUUUUUUAUGGUACAAGUCAUGUCCAAGCGCAGAUCAACAUAAGCCAGAUCUGGCAAUCUAUCGUAUGACUAGGGUUACAUUUGGCAUAACAUCCAGCCCUUUCCUAUUAGCUAGCACUAAACGUAAUCAUUUGGAUGAAAGUUUAAAAAGUAAUAGCGUGCUGUGUGAAAAACUCAAAGCGUCGUUUUACGUAGACGAUCUUAUAUUCAGCGAACCAACCAAAGAAGCAGCAAUGCAUGUUGCUAAACAAGCUCAAACCGUGAUGGAAGCUGCGAAAUUUAACUUAAGGAAAUGGAACUCUAACGACGUGGACGUAAGGCGAGAGCUUUCUACAGAGGAAGUAGGCAUAGCAGAGCAAAAAAUUCUUGGGUUGACAUGGUCCACAGUAAACGACAAAAUUUCCGUAGAUGUAAAAUCUUGUAAUGAUUAUAUCCAAACACUACGAGCUACAAAACGUAACGUUUUAAAAGCAAUGGCCAAAAUUUACGACCCGUUGGGGCUAUUGGGCCCAUUCACGGUUAGAAUAAAAAUUCUACUGCAAGAAGUUUGGCGUCAAAAGAAAGAAUGGGAUGUCAUAAUGGAUGGCGAAACUCAGAGUGCAUUUUCACAGUGGCAAGAAGAGCUUGCAUUACUAGAAACUUUCUGUGUUGAUCGAUGUUUGUCAGCAGGCAGUGAAUCGAUAUUGGAAUUGCACAUCUUUUCUGAUGCGAGCCCGAAGGCGUAUGGAGCAGUGGCUUAUUGUCGACAAAUAAUGCCAACCGGACGAAUUCUCACUAAUAUUGUGUGCUCAAAAAAUCGAGUAAGCCCAAUUUCCGAAAAUAAUAAGGAAGUAGAAUUAACGUUACCUAAAUUGGAGUUAACAGCAGCUUUGAUGGCAGCAAGAUUGAAAGAAACCCUUGUAAAAAGCUUGUGCGUUAAAAUAUCCGCAGUUUAUUUGUGGACGGAUUCAAGUAUUGCAUUAAACUGGAUAAAUGGCUGUGGGCGAAAACCUAAACCGUAUAUAAAGGCAAGAGUAGCAGAAAUUAACCAAAUGUCGAACAUAUAUGAUUGGCAUCAUUGUUCCGGCAAGCUUAAUCCAGCGGAUUUGCUAACCAGAGGUAUAAAGGCGAAAAAUCUGCUUGAGUCCAAUAUUUGGAAGUUCGGGCCAAGCUGGCUUCGAGAAAAUGAAGAAAACUGGCCAGCGAAGCUUGAAAUUCAUAGAUCAUCAGUUUUGAAUACUGCCAAUCACAUCGAGCGAAAUAAGCUAGUAAUUGCACCAAUUACUACCAUUGAAAAUUAUAGCAGUCUAAAAAAGCUUUUAAGAGUAACUGCAUACGCAUUUCGUUUUGUAAAACGUUCUAAGAGAAAGUCGACAAACCAACAGUUAGGCAAUCGAAAGUGUAUACAAUAUUGUGAAGUCGAUGAAAUAACGUUUGAAGAACUACAAAAAGCCGAGAUGUACUGGAUCGAACACACGCAGCGAAAUUUUUACAGCAAGGAGUACGAAAUAUUAUCGAACGGACAACAAGUUAAUCACUCAUCAAAAAUAUCGUCGUUAAACCCCUAUCUGACAGAUGGUAUACUGCGGUUAAAUAGUCGUUUUCCUAAAUAUGAGCAAAGCGUUUCAAAACGAGAUCCAAUAAUUUUGCCGAAGAGGUCUCAUUUAAGUGUGCUGCUGAUAUUAGAAGUUCAUCAAUCAACUUUUCAUGGUGGUGUAAACGCCGUUCUAGCACAGCUUCGAAAUCGUUUUUGGGUCAUUCAGGCGAGGCAAGCAAUUAAGACAAUCCUGCGCAAGUGUGUGAUUUGUCAGCGUCUCCAUGGCAAAAGUGCUUCUGAGCCAUGGACAGUACUACCAACCAAGCGAAUAAUGACUACGAGGCCUUUCGAGACAACCGGAGUGGAUUUCGCUGGGCCGUUGUAUGUUAACGGCAACAAUGACCAAGGACACAAGGUGUACAUUAUGCUGUUUACAUGUGCAGCUGUACGAGCUGUACAUCUUGAGUUAGUGCCAGAUAUGACGACAAAAAGCUGCCUGGAGGCGAUCAGGAGGUUUACGUCGAGAAGAGGUGUACCAUCUACGAUCAUCUCAGAUAAUGCAAAGACUUUUAAGCGUGCAGACUAUGAGCUUAGAAAGCUUGAAGAUUUGCUUAAAAAUCAUGAAGUGCGGCGUUUGGCGGCACAUAAAGGCGUCAAAUGGCAAUAUAUACCUGAGAGAGCAGCUUGGUGGGGCGGCUUCUGGGAGCGCCUCGUAAGGAGCGUCAAAUGUCCACUUAAGGCUGCUAUUGGCAAAGCCAAACUUUCAGCGAACGAAUUAGCUACAUUGUUGACGGAAAUCGAGAGCGUAAUCAACUCAAGGACGUUAACCUACAUUACAAAUGAUCACAACGAUCUGGAGCCACUGACUCCAGCUCACUUUUUGAACAAUUUUAAUUCUCUUUUAUACUCCACAGAGUUACCAGUAACACAAGCGUCGCUGACGCAGUCUUGGUAUUUGCAGCAAUCAUUGCUUAAACGUUACUUAAAGCGGUGGCGCAAGGAUUAUCUUAACCAGCUUCGCUCCAUACACCAUUGCAAGAACGGGCCAAGUCGCAGUAUUAAUGAAGAUGAUAUAGUAUUCGUGUAUGAUGAGCUCAAAUCAAGACUUUUGUGGAAAAUUGGUAUCGUCAAAGCUACAUACAUGGGCAGAGACGGUCGCAUAAGAGCAUGUGAUGUGGAACUGGAAAAUAAGCAAAUUUUAAGGCGGUCUGUGCAGCAUUUGUAUCCGCUCGAGAUUGCAACAACAUUUCCCGGGGCCCAGGAUGUAGAAAAUCACAAAAUACGAGAUUAA